AGUUUAAAAGAAAAGGAGAGACAAUCCUGUUUCAAAAGGAAAAAAGAACCUUUAAAUGAAAAGCCUGUGAAGAUUUCUGUAGGCAUUAUGAAGAUAAAAGAUGGAGGUCUGAAAACUGUGCGAGGAAUGGUACUACCACUUAUGGUGCACCCAGAGAUAAAUGCUGAGCAACUGCGUAAAGCUGCUGAACAAAAAAUGAAGGACUUCAACAAAAAGUUGCAAGAUGGUCCUUACUUUCUUCUUUACCCUGAUGGCACAAAAAUAGCUAACAUUCCAGGAACAGACAAACCCUUCACUCUCAAAGCCUACAAGGAGGCACUGGGGAAAGCAUACCAAAGGAUCACAGUGUACAUUUGUACGGCUGAAGAUUUCAGUUGUCAGGAAUUCAGCACAGACUCAUCUGAUUCAGAGGUGAUCAUAACAAGCCGAAGUGCUGCUGAAUUUAAUUCAGCUGAUACAGUAGUAUUCGAACCUACCCUCAACAGUACCAGAGAUGGUAGUCAGUCUAAACAUACUGAUGAAGCAGCACUGGUUUCACUUUCAGACACGGAACAUGGCCCAGAAACAUCACAAUGUGCAAUGGACACUACGUACUAUAGCAAAUAUACAGAAUUAUAUGCACCCAUUGUAAUAGAGGAUGAAGAGAACUCGGACAGUGAUUCAGGCAGUCAUGAUGCUCCAAAGGAUGCAGAGGUGGAACAGCAGUCUGCUUCAGAAGUAAUUGCAAACCUGGCACUCCAGAUUGACCGCAACACUGUCAGCAGAUUUAACAUCUGCCGCUCUGAGUUCUGGGAUGGAGCCAUGAGAGGAUUCAAAAGGGGAACGUUCUCUGAAGCAAAGGAUCUUCUGGUGAAGUUUUCUGAUGAUGCUGGAAGGUUUGAGGAAGGCCUCGAUACAGGUGGCCCCAAAAGAGAAUUCUUAUCACUUUUGAUGAAAAGCUUGCGAAAACGACCCAUAUUUGAUGGACCAGCAGAGAGUCGCUACAUUGUCUACAAUUCAACAGCAAUCAGAGAGGAUGAGUAUAGACUGGCAGGAAAGAUGAUUGCUGUGUCAAUUGUACAUGGCGGACCUGGCCCAAAUUUCCUCUCAAAGGAUCUGGUCAGCUACAUCUCAGGGCAGACCAGUUUCAGCUCUUCAGUAGCAGACAUUACAGAUGAGGAAAUAGGGAAAGUUCUACAAGAGGUAAUCCAGAGUGCAUCCUCAUUGGAGACACUUCAAGCUCUAAUUGUACAGAACAGUACCAUGUUGCAGACUGCAGGGUGCUUCAGAUAUGUAAAAUCAGUGAAGGAAAAGCACAUCAUUGUGAAGGAGUACCUCAAAUGGUACAUAAUCGACAGGAACCACAGUGCAAUCGAAAGAUUCAAGGAUGGACUUACCAGCUUGCAGUUUUUAACAGCCCUGCAGCAGCAUCCUACUGUUCUGGCCCCUGUCCUCUGUAAUUCAGGUAACAGUUUAACUGUUACAGCCAUUGAAAAUCUGUUCCAACCAGAACUCAGCCCUAUAGGAAGCAACAGGAGGGCUCAGGAGGACAAAACCAGGAGUUUCUGGGCAGACUACUUGCUUGAUUGCGAAGAAAAUAACAGUACCGUCACCCUGGAAGAGAUCUUCAUGUUUGCCACAGGGCUGCCCUGUGUGCCUCCUGCUGGCAUGGACCCUCAGCCCCGCCUGCAAUUUCUUCCCACUUCAAAACUACCCAUGGCAAAUACAUGUGCCAACACCUUAAAGCUGCCUCUGUUAGACAGCUACAACACUUUUAAGGAAAACAUGAGCUUUGGAAUAAAGAAUUCACCUGGCUUUGGAUUUGCCUAAGCAGCCAUGACUUUUUAGUCUGUUGUGUUGUACAAAAAAUGUGCAGCAUUAGAUUUGUUAAAAAGUGGAUGUCUUGUUUAUAAUUGCACCUUUGGGGAAAAAACAUCAUUCAUUCAGUUUUAUAAAGAUUGUUUACACAUAUUUUUGUGUGUUUUGAGCCAAA